UUAAUUUUUGCGGCACAAACACAGCACAAAUGAAUGGAAUAGUUUUGGUGAUUAUUUAAUUAUAUGGGGUGCCAACUUCACGGAGGUCGCCCUUCACGUGUCGCUGAGACAAUACUCUAUAGCGACUCCAAACAAAUAUGAGGAGAUAGAAAUGGCGGAAAGUGUGAAACGUGUACGUGAUUAUGCUAAAUCCACUUUCGAAGAGGAGUUAAAUAUGGAUCGUCUACCACUAUCAGAAACCCCAUCUAACAGCUCUCCGCCAAAAUUGCAGCGGCAUACAUCCAAACUUACUACUAAAGUUGAAUCAGUUAUGGAUAAAAUGGAGAGUGCUGUUGCUAAAACUGGAUGUUAAAAUAGAGGACGUGAUCACAGAGAAUAAACAGCUGUGGGAAAAAGUGGGCGAAUUGGAUGCAUAUAAAAGACUGUGGAACUUGAAAAUGUCUGUCAUUACCGAGGAGGAAGGGGAAAAUGGUUGCAAUGGCAUUUUGUUCUUGAGAGAUGUUCUUUAGACUUCCAUUGACGUUGCAUACAGACUCGGGCCAAAAGUGGGAGGCACCCAUCCACAGCGGAUUAUUGUGCCAUUUUUGUCACGCACUCAUCAUGAUCACAUCUGGCUCGACGCAAAGAACUCUGAAAUCCUCAAACAGAAAGGCAUUAAGAUAACUGAAGAUCUGACACAGCAGACAAGGGAUGCAAGGAACAAAUUGUGGCCACUGGUAAAUCAAGGCCGGAAUGAAGGAAAACGAACUGGGAUUAAGGGCUGAUAUGCCAUUUGUUAAUGGAAAGAAGAUUACAGCGGACAAUAUGUGAACCACAUCAACAAAUACUCUUGUUCCCUCUGGUGGAAAGAAAAACACUUUGAACUUUAACCGAAAGCUCAGCUGUGACCUCUUUGUAAAGAUGGUGUCCAUUUAAUUUUGUUCUGACAUAAUCCGCAUCUCUGUUGUUUGUUCAUCUCAUUCUCAGACAGAAUGGUUUUGAUAUUUUUGAAUAACCACUUGAUCCUCGUUAAAUAUGGAAGGUAAAUAGAUUACAUAAUUUUUUCCUCACUUAAUGCAGUUGAUUCUUCUGCCUUAAGGCAGAUUGUUCUUUCUUGUUCUUCAUUCAAUGUCUUUUAACUCUUCGUGUUUUUCUCUUAAUGUUGGGGGGGUUCGUGAUCUAACCAAACGUAAAGCUUUAUUUUUAUUCAGCAGUUCCAAAGGAAAAGAUGUCUAUUUUUACAUGAAAAUCAUUCUAGUGUUAAUUAUGUAUUAUUUUGGUCAGCUCAGUAGGAAGGUAAAAUUAUAUUUUCACAUGGUUCUUCUCAUUCUGGUAGAGUAAUGAUUUUACCUAGUCAUAUAUUUUAUGGUAAUAUUCUUGAGUCACACCUUUCUUUAGAGGGAAGAUGGAUAAUAGCCGGAAUUCAGUCCAGGGUGACUAUUGUUAUUUUAUGUAAUAUUUAUGGCUUUAACAGGCCCGAGCUGAACAGUAUUCUCUUCCAAAGUUUGUCUACGAAACUUUCAGCUUUAAAUCUGAAAUUUCCUUCAGCUGCAUUUAUUAUGGGAGGGCAUAACCCUGAUUUAUAUUUAAAUAGAUUUCCGCCAAGACUCAAUGUUAAUAUAAUCUUAAUAUAGAGAGGUGUUUACCAAAUUGAAUAGAGAAUUUCCGACACUCGUAUAUAAAUAGUUCCCACUUUGUGUUUGCAGAGUCUGAUUUGGUAUUAGAAACUUCAAAAAUAUUCUUAAUACCUAAACAACAUGAAGAAUAUUGUAAGAAAGAAGUAUUUAGUUUUCAGUAUCCUGGCUGUCUCUGAGAACUACUAUAAACCUCAGCUAUUUCAAGGUUGAUACAAGCAUGAUCAGUUAGAGUGGCAGGAGAAAUUGUACAGGAAUUAUUAAAUCAAACCAGCCAGUCAGACACAAGCCACAGGUCUAUCCAAUAUUUUUGUGACGUCUGCUUUCAACCAUGUAAAUGAUGAAACGCUGCUUCCAUGGAUGUGUCUGUAAGCAUCCAGCAAAGAAAGGCUGCUACAAAAAUCAAAAAAUUAAGGCAAGGGAGUCAAGAAGCUCUGCAAUUAAUAGCUAUGUUAAUGUUUCCUAAAAUAAUCACAAUUUGUAUGUCAGUCCUAGAAUGUGCUUAACUGUUGAAAAUUGUAUUUAAAUUUAUUUGGAAGAACUAGACUGAAUAUGUAAAAAGAAAACCGGUUAUAAGAACAGUUUCAGAGGGUGGGCUCAACAUCCUUGAUUUCAGUACUGUUAAUAUCAUUUUUUAAAUCAGUUGGAUAAAACAUUGCUUGGAUCAGGAGGACUCUAUAUGGUUUUAUAUCCCCAAUUUGUUUUUUAAUAAGUGCGGUGGUCUAAAAUAUUUACUUUCAUGUGACUUCAAAUAUAGUAAACUUUAAGCUAGCUUAUUUUCAUAAGCAAGCGCAGGAAGCUUGGGAAAUAACCUUUAAACACAAUUUUUCUCCACACAUCUAUAUUAUGAAAUAAUCAACAUGUGUUAUCAAUAAGCGUCUGCCAAGUGAAUAAAUGUAAUUGUAUUUAAGAACAAAUCUAGAUUCCUAGCUUUCUAGCUUCCCACUGACAUAGUCCGAGACUAAUACAUUUUUACUGCCCAAUAAGAUAAAUGAAAUUCCCUUUAAAGUGUUGCAUAGAUAUUAUAAUUGCAAUGUUUUUCUAAAAAACUUUAAAAGAGACAUUUUACCACAGUGUUCGUUUUGUAAUCUUGAACCUGAAACUUCUAUUCAUUUAUUUUGCACCUGUAAUUAUUCUACAGACUUUUGGGCCCAGGUAGCUAUGUUAAUGUUUCCUAAAAUAAUCACAAUAGAUGACUCCAUGAUUCUGUUCUUGGUUUGUAACACUGGCUUUCCCAUAAUUGAUGACACUUUUUACAUUUACAUUUACAUUUAUGCAUUUGGCAGAAGCUUUUGUCCAAAGCAACUUACAGGGACAAUCCCCCCAGAGCAACCUGGAGUUAAGUUGAUCAAAAUCAUUUAAUUUUAAUGCUUUGUAUGAAAAUAAAUCUAUUGUAAUUUAUUUACAAAGAAAAAAAAAAGUAAAUUAAUAUGUAUAUACUGAAUGGAAAGAAAUGUUUUGUAUACCCAAUUUUGUUCUUAUAAUUUGUAUGCUUUUGAAAAAUAAAAAAUAUAUAAAAAGUUACCAUGAUUGUUUUUUUAAUGACGCAGUCUAAUAAAAAGCUAGUCUAUUCAAUAUAGCUUGCAUAGCUGUCAUUAGUGUUCCGAAAUGAUGUCUGAAUUAUGUGAUAGAACUUGUCUUUAUUAACUCAUGUUGUCUGUCAUGUCACAAGGGCAUUUCUGUCACUACAUGAUACGUUGAAAAUGGCCAUGUCAGGAAUGAGGAUGCAGACAGAUGCCGGUGGAGGUCCAUUAGGGUCAUGAACUUCACCAUGUUCCUCAGCAGCAUUGGUUUUACGAUUGUCAUCACUUCCAUAUGGCCCUAUCUGAAGAACAUUGAUAACAGUGCAGAUGCCAGUUUCCUGGGAUGGGUGGUUGCUGCAUAUAGUUUGGGUCAGAUGGUGGCCUCGCCCCUCUUUGGAUUAUGGUCCAAUCACAGGCCUCAACGGGAGCCUCUAGUCUGCUCUAUAUUCAUAAACAUCUCUGCUAACAUGUACUACACGUAUGCCUACCUACUUCCCUCACACAACAAAAUUCACAUGCUUUUGGCUCGAACAUUUGUGGGCAUUGGAUCAGGUAAUGUAGCAGUUGUGAGGUCCUAUGUGGCAGGUGCCACUUCUUUAAAAGAGAGAACCUGUGCAAUGGCUAACAUGAGCGCCUGCCAAGCUUUCGGCUUUAUACUUGGCCCGGCUCUACAGGCUGCCUUGUCGUUCAUUGGAGAGACUGGCAUCAGGGUAAAUGCUAUCCUGCUUCAGGUUAAUAUGUACACUGCUCCAGCACUGCUAGCUGCCUGCUUUGGGGUCAUUAACAUUCUGCUGGUUUUCUUAGUUCUGAGGGAACACUCUGUGGAUGCACAUGGGAGGGAAAUCCGAGCAAUUAACUACACCCCAGAAGAGCAAGUAGCUGUGGCUCCAGCGGUGGAAGGUGACAUUGACCAGAUUGCAGUGCUUACAUCUAACAUCCUUUUCUUCAUUAUUCUUUUCAUUUUUGCAGUGUUUGAAACAAUAUCUACCCCUCUAUCAAUGGAUAUGUUUGCAUGGACAAGAAAAGAUGCAAUUUUGUAUAAUGGCAUAAUAUUAGCUGCCAUUGGCUUUGUGUCCAUCUUUGUCUUCCUGGUGGUCAAGGUGGUUUCAGCACGGGUAGGUGAUCGACCACUGCUCCUUGGUGGCUUGACUCUUAUAUUUGCUGGUUUCUUUAUCUUGUUGCCUUGGGGAAAUCAAUAUCCUAAAAUUCAAUGGGCAGAUCUUCAAAAUAACACCAUGCCUGUAGAACGACUGGCCCCAACCUCCAGUUCCUCACUGGAGCCCACUGGAUGUCCCUCUGAACAGACCUGGUGCCUGUUUACCCCUGUAAUUUAUCUUGCACAGUACAUAACUGCUGACAUCCUGAUCGGAGUGGGUUAUCCUACAUGUAACGUCAUGUCUUACACUUUAUACUCAAAGAUACUGGGCCCCAAACCUCAGGGAGUUUACAUGGGCUGGCUGACAGCAUCAGGAAGUGGUGCAAGGACUCUUGGGCCUGUGUUUGUCUCUCAUGUCUACGCAAUUCUGGGACCCCGAUGGAACUUCAGUAUCAUCUGUGGCAUAGUACUAGCUGCCAUUAUUCUCCUCAGUGCUAUGUAUAAAAGACUAAUUGCCUUUUCUGUACGCCAUGGAAGGGUGGAGGAAUAGCAGAAUGACUGAGAGGUGCCCCUACUAACUACUAAAGAACCUUUUAGAGAAGUGGGCCUUUUGCCAGGUUGUUAAGUGACUUAAACGUGUGUGGAGAGAAGAUGAAGAACCACUGAUGCACUUAUGAAUACUUCUUUCAUAGAGAGUUGUAUAAAGUGUGGAGCUUUCACAGCAUGAUUCUUAAGAAGCUUACAGAUCAUUUCCAAUUUAGGAUCUUUUAUAUAUAUAUAUAUAUAUAUAUAUAUAUA